AUGAUUUCUACUUCACUUAUUCUUGUUGUGCUUCUUUUUGCCAUUCUGGCCAUCGUUGAUGCCCAGUGGGGAUAUGGUGGACCAUACGGUGGAUAUGGAGGUGGACCAUAUGGAGGAUACGGUGGAGGACCAUGGGGAUACGGAGGUGGCUGGAGAAGAAGACACUGGGGAGGACCAUGGGGAGGUGGUUACGGAGGAGGACCAUAUGGAGGAUGGUACGGGAAGUAA